AAACAUACCCCAACCAGAAAAACAAAAAGACAAAAAGAGAUUUUAAAAGACUCUCUGCUUCUCUCUUCUCUGCGACUCUCUUCACACUAUUAUCACACCAUAGUACACACCUUCACUCUCAUGUAAAAGGCUGUUUUCACACACGCAAGAAAUCUGUUACCAAAAAAUCGCUCUGUAUAAAAACGUUAGUUUUACGCCCCAUUUUCUUUUUCGAUUGAGUCUUCAAUGGCUUCUUCUUUUAUGCUUGUGCAUCGUGUGUGCUGCAUUGCUCUGUUUUUCACACUCUGUUUCGCCGCUGACCCUUUUGCUAAUUUUGAAUUGGAGUACUCCUAUAUCACCGCUUCUCCUCUUGGCGUUCCCCAACAGGUUAUAGCUGUGAACGGGAAAUUUCCAGGUCCUAUCCUUAAUGUUACAACCAAUUAUAAUGUUGUGGUCGACGUGAAGAACAAAUUGGAUGAAAAUCUUCUUAUCACUUGGUCUGGAAUUCAGAUGCGACGUACUUCCUGGCAAGAUGGUGUUCAAGGUACAAAUUGCCCCAUCCCUUCUGGUGGAUGGAACUUCACUUACCAGUUUCAAGUAAAGGAUCAGAUUGGUAGCUUUUUCUAUUCUCCUUCCAUCAACCUGCAGAGGGCAGCUGGUGGUUUUGGUUCUUUUAUUGUCACGAACCGUAAUAUUAUCCCUAUUCCCUUUAGUCCUCCUGAUGGGGAUAUAGUGAUAAUUAUUGGUGAUUGGUACAUCCGGAGCCAUAAGGCUUUGAGAAAGGACCUUGAUGAUGGGAAGCAAUUGGGGAUGCCAGAUGGAGUACUUAUUAAUGGAAAAGGCCCAUACAGAUACAACACAACACUUGUACCUGAUGGGAUUGAUUACGAUACAAUAAAUGUUGAUCCAGGCAAAACCUAUCGGGUUCGGGUGCACAAUGUUGGAGUCUCCACUUGUUUGAAUUUUAGGAUUCAAAAUCAUAAUUUACUCUUGGUGGAGACGGAGGGAUAUUACACUUCACAGCAGAAUUACACUAGUGUAGAUAUUCAUGUUGGGCAGUCUUACACAUUUCUGGUUACCAUGGAUCAGAAUGCAAGUAGUGAUUACUACAUUGUGGCGAGUGCUAGGUUUGUAAAUCAAACAAUUUGGCAAAAAGUAACUGGUGUUGGUAUUUUGCAUUAUUCCAACUCCAAAGGGAAGGCAGGUGGCCCCCUUCCAGACCCUCCAAAUGAUGUAUAUGACACAUCUUAUGCACUGAAUCAGGCCAUGUCCAUCAGGCAAAAUGUUUCUGCAAGUGGAGCUCGGCCGAAUCCUCAAGGAUCUUUCCAUUAUGGUCAAAUUAAUGUCACAGAUGUUUAUUUCCUAAAGAGUGUUCCACCAGUGUCAAUUAAUGGAAAGCUUCGAGCUACUUUUAAUGGGAUUUCAUUCAAAAAUCCUGGUACUCCAAUUAGGCUUGCUGAUCUAUACUAUGUGAAGGGGGACUACAAGCUUGAUUUCCCAACCAAGCCAAUGAACAGACCACCCAAGGUCGACACUUCCAUUAUCAAUGCCACAUACAAGGGAUUUAUAGAAAUCGUAUUGCAGAACAAUGACACUGUAGUCCAGAGCUUUCACAUGGAUGGUUACUCAUUUUUUGUCGUUGGGAUGGGUUUUGGAGAAUGGACUGAGAACAACAGGGGAUCUUAUAAUAGAUGGGAUGCAAUUUCCCGGUCUACGACUCAGGUUUUUCCUGGAGGAUGGACAGCAGUUUUGGUAUCUCUCGACAAUGUUGGGGUGUGGAACCUCAGAGCAGAAAACCUGGACAGGUGGUACUUAGGGCAGGAAACAUAUAUGAGAAUUAUCAAUCCUGAAGAUCAUAGCAACAAAACAGAAAUGCCAGUGCCUGAAAAUGCUCUCUACUGUGGUGCCCUUGCUUCUAAGCAAAAGAAACAGAAAAUAUCUUCAGCGACAACCAUAUUUGGAAACUCAGAGCUAUAUUUUACAUUGCUGUUGGUACUCUCUACUGUUAUUAGUCUUGUAUUCUAGAGCACAACUUCAGUUGGUGAAAAUAUUUAAACAGCAGGAACUGGGAAUUCACUUUCUUGUAGGAUGAUGAGCUGAUAGGAUUCAUGUUUCUUAUUCUUUUUUUUUUUUAAAAACCAUGAGAAAGUUUAUUAACAUUAGUUUGCACAGUGUCCCGUCUAUUUCAUUUGUUCCCGAAAAAUUGUGCAGUAUGUGAAGCCAACUUACCGACGGUAUUUCACCAGGGGGAUUCAUCAUUCUUUGUCUCAAUUCUGCAUAUUGAUGAUGCGCAAGCUUUCUGGUCA